AGAAGAUUGUUGGCCACAGUAGAACACAAGAUGAAGCUACUACUUCUCCUUGUGCUUGCCGGGCUUUGCUCUGCCCAGUACAAUCCUUAUCUCAGAUCCGGCAGGACUUCUAUUGUCCAUCUGUUCGAAUGGCGAUGGGCAGACAUUGCCGCAGAAUGUGAACGUUAUUUGGCACCCAAUGGGUUUGGUGGUGUCCAGAUUUCCCCACCUAAUGAAAAUCUGAUCAUCACCAGCCCCAACAGACCAUGGUAUGAGAGAUACCAGCCUAUCAGCUACAAACUCUGCACCCGAUCAGGUUCCGAGCAGCAGUUCAGGGACAUGGUCACCCGUUGUAACAAUGUUGGGGUUAACAUCUAUGUGGAUGCUAUCAUCAACCACAUGUGUGGAGCAGCUGGUGGAUCCGGAACUCGUUCAACCUGCGGGAGCGCGUACAACACUGGCACAAAAGACUUUCCAGGCGUGCCAUACUCCUCUCUGGAUUUUAAUGAUGCCAAAUGCAAAACUGGAAGUGGAGAGAUUGAAAACUACAGUGAUGCUUAUCAGGUGAGAGAUUGUCGCCUUGUAGGUCUAUUGGACCUGGCUUUGGAGAAAGAAUAUGUCCGUGGCAAGAUUGCAGCAUACAUGAACACUCUGAUCAGCAUUGGAGUUGCUGGCUUCAGACUUGACGCAGCUAAGCAUAUGUGGCCUGGAGAUAUCCAAAACAUUGUAGGCCGACUGAGCAAUCUGAACACUCAGUGGUUUCCCAGUGGAUCCCGUCCUUUCAUCUUCCAGGAGGUGAUUGAUUUAGGCGGAGAAGCCAUUUCAGCAAGUCAAUAUUUUGGAAACGGACGUGUAACAGAAUUCAAAUAUGGUGCAAAACUUGGAAACGUCAUUCGCAAAUGGAAUGGUGAAAAGAUGGCAUACCUGAAGAACUGGGGAGAAGGAUGGGGAUUCAUGCCAAAUGACAGAGCCCUGGUCUUUGUAGACAAUCAUGAUAACCAGCGAGGUCACGGUGCUGGUGGAGCCUCUAUUCUCACCUUCUGGGAUGCUCGCUUGUACAAAAUGGGAGUUGGCUUCAUGCUUGCUCAUCCCUAUGGAGUAACGCGCGUCAUGUCAAGUUACCGCUGGCCAAGAAGCUUUGUGAAUGGAAAGGAUGUCAAUGACUGGGUUGGACCACCAAGCAACUCUGAUGGGUCAACCAAAUCUGUCAUAAUUAAUGCUGACUCUACUUGUGGCAACGACUGGGUCUGUGAACAUAGAUGGCGCCAGAUUAAAAACAUGGUGAUCUUCCGUAAUGUGGUUAAUGGGCAAUCCUUUACUAACUGGUGGGACAAUGGAGGAAAUCAAGUUGCUUUUGGACGUGGAAACAAAGGGUUUAUUGUCUUUAACAACGAGUCAUGGAAUAUGGACGCCACUCUGAACACAGGUCUUCCGGCUGGUACCUACUGUGAUGUCAUCUCUGGGCAGAAAGAAGGCACUCGUUGCACAGGCACACAAGUCACUGUGAGCAGCACUGGCUCAGCUCGCUUUGUCAUUAGCAGCUCUGCUGCAGACCCCUUUAUUGCCAUUCAUGUCAAUGCCAAGUUGUAACCAGUGACAUGCUGUCUAAAGCCAAUUAAAAUUUUUAAUAUGUA